ACGCCGCACACGCAGCCCCGCCCCUGCAGAGCUCGGUGCUGGGACGGAACCCGGGUUUCUCUCAAACCCGGAAUGUGAGGCCUGGGCUUGGCUCUCCCUCUAUCCGUGCGCCGCUGUUUUCCCGGGCCUGGGUGCGCCGCUGCUGCCCUACAGCUCGCCCCGAAGGAGCCAGGGUGGCCGUGCGCUUCUGCCGUGUGCCCGCGUGGCUGCCGCCGCCCGUCCGAAUCCUCCGGGGCCGCAGAGGAGUUCGCUACGGAGGGAGGCGGGGGCCUUCGGGAGGAGGAGGCGGAGGAGGCGGAGGAGGAGGGAAGGAAGAUGGCGGCCGUGGAACUAGAGUGGAUCCCAGAGACUCUGUAUAACACCGCCAUCUCCGCUGUCGUGGACAACUACAUCCGUUCCCGCCGAGACAUCCGCUCCUUGCCCGAGAACAUCCAAUUCGAUGUUUACUACAAGCUUUACCAACAGGGACGCUUAUGUCAACUGGGCAGUGAAUUUUGUGAAUUGGAAGUUUUUGCUAAAGUAUUGAGAGCUUUGGAUAAAAGACAUUUGCUUCAUCAUUGUUUCCAGGCUUUGAUGGAUCAUGGUGUGAAAGUUGCUUCAGUCUUGGCCUACUCAUUCAGUAGGCGGUGCUCUUACAUAGCAGAAUCUGAUGCUGCAGUAAAAGAAAAAGCCAUUCAGGUUGGCUUUGUUUUAGGUGGCUUUCUUUCAGAUGCAGGGUGGUACAGUGAUGCUGAGAAAGUUUUUCUGUCCUGCCUUCAGUUGUGUACUCUACAUGAUGAGAUGCUUCAUUGGUUUCGUGCAGUAGAAUGUUGUGUGAGGUUGCUUCAUGUGCGAAAUGGAAACUGCAAAUAUCACUUGGGUGAAGAGACGUUUAAGUUAGCUCAGACAUAUAUGGAUAAACUCUCAAAACAUGGCCAGCAAGCAAACAAAGCUGCACUGUAUGGAGAACUGUGUGCACUACUAUUUGCAAAAAGUCACUAUGAUGAGGCUUACAAAUGGUGCAUUGAGGCAAUGAAAGAAAUCACAGUGGGCUUACCAGUCAAAGUUGUGGUGGAUGUUUUAAGACAAGCUUCUAAGGCUUGUGUUGUAAAACGUGAAUUUAAGAAGGCAGAACAGCUAAUUAAACAUGCAGUGUAUUUGGCACGGGAUCAUUUUGGAUCCAAACACCCAAAAUACUCUGAUACACUGCUAGAUUAUGGGUUCUACUUACUCAAUGUAGAUAAUAUCUGUCAGUCUGUUGCAAUUUAUCAGGCAGCCCUUGACAUUCGGCAGUCCGUGUUUGGUGGCAAAAAUAUCCAUGUAGCAACAGCUCAUGAAGACUUGGCUUAUUCUUCUUAUGUUCACCAGUAUAGCUCUGGGAAAUUUGACAAUGCACUAUUUCAUGCAGAAAGAGCUAUUGGUAUCAUUACCCACAUUCUACCUGAAGAUCAUCUUCUUUUGGCUUCUUCAAAGAGGGUGAAAGCUCUUAUUUUAGAGGAGAUUGCAAUUGACUGUCAUAAUAAAGAAACUGAACAGAGGCUGCUUCAAGAAGCUCAUGAUUUGCACCUGUCUUCACUCCAACUAGCUAAAAAAGCUUUUGGGGAAUUUAAUGUACAGACUGCAAAACACUAUGGAAACCUUGGAAGACUUUACCAGUCAAUGAGGAAAUUUAAGGAAGCUGAAGAAAUGCACAUCAAAGCAAUUCAGAUUAAAGAGCAACUUCUUGGUCAAGAAGAUUAUGAAGUAGCCCUUUCCGUGGGACAUCUGGCUUCUUUAUACAAUUAUGACAUGAAUCAGUAUGAAAAUGCUGAGAAACUUUAUUUGCGCUCUAUAGCGAUUGGGAAGAAACUGUUUGGUGAAGGCUACAGUGGACUAGAAUAUGACUACCGAGGUCUCAUUAAACUUUACAACUCCAUUGGGAAUUAUGAGAAAGUGUUUGAAUAUCACAACGUUCUGUCUAACUGGAACCGGUUGCGAGAUCGUCAGUAUUCGGUGACCGAUGCUCUUGAAGACGUCAACACCAGCCCCCAGUCCACUGAAGAAGUGGUACAGUCCUUCUUGAUUUCUCAGAAUGUGGAGGGACCGAGCUGCUGAGGGAGUACCUCAGUUAACUAAUUUACCUUUUCCCAGAUUCCAGGGAAUUCAUACUGUGAAAUCAAAACCAUGUUGUUUUUUGGGGCUGGAAUUUGCAUUGAAACACUGGUCCAGUCCAUUGACCCUAUUUGGGUGAUCCCUAUCUUGCAGAGUGUCCGUAGGAAUAAGCAUAUAUUCAGUUAUAUUCAGCAUGUACCGCAUGUAUAAGUAGUCUGGCCCAUAUUUUCAACCUAGUAGAACAAACAACAGGAAAUCUUUUUGUUGUUUUUUUUUUUUUUUU